UAUUACCACCAACUUUUUAUCAUGGCCAACGUUUUCUUCGAUAUCUCCAUCGACAACCAGCCAGCUGGUCGCAUCGUGUUCAAGUUGUACGACGAUGUCGUCCCCAGGACCACGAAGAACUUCCGCGAGCUUGCCACGGGGGAGCAUGGAUAUGGAUACAAGGGAUCGGGCUUCCACCGCGUGAUCCCUCAGUUCAUGCUCCAGGGCGGAGAUUUCACCAGGGGCAACGGGACCGGUGGCAAGUCGAUCUAUGGCGAGAAGUUUGCUGACGAGAACUUCAAGAUCAAGCACACCAAGCCUGGUCUCUUGUCCAUGGCUAACGCCGGCAAGAACACCAACGGAUCCCAAUUCUUCAUCACCACUGUCGUCACAUCGUGGCUGGACGGCGCUCACGUCGUUUUCGGCGAGGUUGUUGAGAACUUCGCGCUCGUCAAGCUCAUUGAGGGGCUUGGCUCCGCAUCCGGCUCACUGAAAAAGAAGGUCACCAUCGCCGAUUCUGGUGUCGUUUAAAAGGUCUCAGGUGUACUUAAAGAAGAAGAAGAUUCCUACUGUUAAAUGUGGUGUUCUAUGUACAAGUUAUCAUGGACGUGACUUUGGACAACUUGUCGUCAUUUCAUGUCGACUAAAGGGUAAGUUCAAUCAAUCAGUUAAGGCGAUAUCUGCGUCCAGCGUCGCACGCUUGUCGGCUAGUCAUCUGGUUCGAACUGUAUGAAUCGCCCUUCAAACACGUUGUCCU